AUGGCUACGCGGCCCCGAGACUACGACUACCUCUUCAAGCUGGUGUUGAUUGGCGAUUCCGGCGUAGGAAAAUCCUGCCUCCUCCUUCGUUUUUCGGAUGAUGCCUUCACCGAGAGCUAUAUCACUACUAUUGGCGUCGAUUUCAGGUUCCGAACUGUCAAUGUUGGUGGGAAAGUAGUGAAGCUGCAAAUUUGGGACACUGCAGGCCAAGAACGCUUCAGAACGAUUACGAGCGCUUACUAUCGCGGUGCUGACGGUAUUGUGGUCGUAUACGACGUCACAGAACCCGAGUCAUUUGCUCAUGUUGAUGACUGGCUGGCGGAAGUUAACCGGUAUGCGACUGAAAACACUGUUAAGAUUCUUGUCGGCAACAAAAGCGAGAAGGACAGUGACCGCGCUGUGGCUACAGAUGACGCUAGGCGAAAGGCAGAAGACCUUGGAAUUUCGUUCAUUGAGACAUCAGCGAAGGAGGCGAUUAAUGUUGACCUGGCCUUCACAACAGUCGCAAGGGAGCUCAUAGCUAUCAAGGAGGCACAGGCAGCCGCGGGUGGGCAUCAAAGCCAAGCGGGAGACGAACGCCAGAGAUUGGGAGCUGCGGAUCUUCGUUCGGCAUCGCAACGAUUUAGCAGCUGCUCGUGCUAG